CAUGAAGGGGGCUACAAUUUUAAUUUCAUUGUGCAGCCCUGUUUUGUGGAAAAAAACAAAAGUAUAACAUAACAGAAGAUGGAUACUCAAUACUCCAGUAAGGUACAACUAUUUUAAAAUUGUAUUUAAGUACCUGUAUAAAUGUACUUAGUUACUUUCAUCCUCUACAGUCCAGAACCUUCAAUAAUUGCAGUGAGACAGUCUUUGGAAAUUAAAAUAUUUUGAAAUUGAAGUGGCAUUGGUUAAAUCCUAAAAUAUGGUCAAAUUCUUACAUGUAUCACCACUUACGACUUUCACACCCCAGGAGCAGGGAGGAGCCGCAGUAGAGCCGCCACAGGGCAAGAUGCAGGUCUUGAGUGAUGAAAUAGAUGGAGUCAAAGAAAACAUGAAGGAGAAUAUGGAACGAAUCAUUGAACGACAUGGAAAGGUGGACGACCUCCUCGACAAGUCAAAGAAAAUGAAUGAAUGGGCUGAACAGUUCAAGGAGACCUCUCAGAAAGUGGCUCGCUCCUACUGGUGGAAGAAUGUCAAGCUGAUCGUUGUCAUCGUGGUGGUCGUCCUCAUCAUCGUCCUCAUCAUCAUCCUGCUGGCCACCGGAGUCAUCCCUGUCAGUUCCUCCACGUCUCCUAUAGUCACUCCCACCUCCAAGCCAUUAACACACACACACACAUAAUGUACAUACAGACACAAUUAAAUCAUAAACAAACACAUUCCUGUUGCACAGUAUACAAAGUACUACUCACA